AAUCACCCUCCAGGCAAUUUUUUCUUUUCAUUUCCCACGACGGCCGCCACGGGUCAACAGCCUCGAUAAUUCCCGCGAAUCUGGGAUCUGGACUCAAAGAAUCUCAUUUAUUAGACCAAUUUUUUUUUGAGCAAUUCUUGGGGGACUUGACACUCGUUCGCUAUGGCUGACUACCUGCUCUUUGAGGGCCCUAUGGGCUACUCAAUUUUCAAGGUCGCUCACCAGGGAGACUCUGUGGGAAAUAGCUUGAAGGAGGUUCAGGAGGGCGUGAAUGACCUUGCCACGUUUGGGAAGAUGGUGCAACUCGCCAGUUUCUUGCCCUUUGAGUAUGUUCCUCCGCGACUUCCUUGUGUGCGAUCGGGGACUGAAAACAACAAGCAGGCGCUGAGUGAGAUUAACGAUGUUUCGGAAGGUGUUGCUUCAGACACUCUUAUUUCCUUCCUCGAGAUGAAUCUUCCCAAGCCGAACAAGAAGAAGAAGAUUGUGUUGGGUCUUGCUGAUAAGACCCUGGCUGCGAGCAUUAAAUCCACCUUUGACUUUAUCAAUUGCGAAACCGGCGAUACUAGCGAGGUUGUUCAGGAUAUGCUCCGUGGAAUUAGGCUGCAUGCUACCAAGUUGCUGAAGCAGCUUCGAGAGGGCGAUAUGGAUACUGCCCAACUUGGUCUUGGUCACGCCUACUCCCGUGCCAAGGUCAAGUUCUCCGUUCAACGUGACGACAACCACAUUAUCCAGGCCAUUGCUAUUCUGGAUCAGCUCGAUAAGGCCAUUAACACCUUCUCCAUGAGAGUCAGGGAGUGGUACUCCUGGCACUUCCCUGAACUUAUCAAGAUUGUGUCCGAUAACCAGCGUUACGCUCAGGUUGCUCUGCUCGUCAAGGACAAGAAGAGUUUGACUGACGAGAGCCUGCAUGAUCUUGCUGCGCUCGUGGAAGAUGAUGAGGGCGUUGCCCAGAACAUUAUCGAUGCUGCUAAGCACAGUAUGGGUCAGGAAAUCUCCGAGUCUGAUAUGGAGAAUGUGAUCUCCUUCGCGCAACGUGUCGUCAGCCUCUCCAAGUACCGCAAGUCUCUGCACUCCUACCUGGUUGCCAAGAUGAGUGUUGUUGCACCUAACCUUGCUGCCCUGAUCGGAGAAAUCGUCGGUGCUCGUCUCAUUUCGCACGCUGGAAGCUUGACCAACCUGUCCAAGUAUCCCGCAUCCACCGUCCAGAUCUUGGGUGCGGAGAAGGCUCUUUUCAGGGCCCUCAAGACCAAGGGAAACACUCCCAAGUACGGAUUGUUGUAUCACUCCUCUUUCAUCGGCAGAGCUGGACCUAAGAACAAGGGCCGUAUCUCUCGCUUCUUGGCCAACAAGUGUUCUAUCGCUUCUAGGAUUGACAACUUCUCUGAGGAGCCUACCACCAAGUUUGGUGAUGCUCUGAAGAAGCAGGUUGAGGAGCGUCUGGAGUUCUACGCUUCUGGUGCUGCCCCUACCAAGAACGAGGUUGCAAUGAAAAAUGCCAUGGACGCUGUCCUCGCUGACAUCGACAUCGACGGUGACGAGAGCGACGAGGAGAUGAAGGAUGCUGUCGCUGAGAAGAAGGAGAAGAAGGAAAAGAAGGACAAGAAGGAAAAGAAGGAGAAGAAGGAGAAGGGAGACAAGGAUGAGAAGAAGAAGAAGCGCAAGUCGGAUGUUGGCGAGUCAGAGAAGAAGAAGCGCAAGCACGACAGCGACGCAGAGCCAUCCAAAAAGAAGAAGAAGGUCUAGAUGCACCAUUUCUGGGACAAAAGGGCGUCUUUGUCGCGGCGUUGUAGGGUUGAUUAUUUCUGUUCGUUCAUUUGUCUCUCAUUGUCAACUGUGUUCAGUUUGCUCCUUCAUGACUUGAUGGGCUGGGUAUUUGUAAAUUAUUUCAUUGAGGCCUGUGCUAUCUAAAACCUUGGAUAGUAUGCUGUUUUAAAAAUGUCACCUUGAUCUUCUUUAUGC